AUGAUCGAUGGACAGCAAAGGGGAGACGUUGAAGAGGGUGUUGUUGACGACAAUCUCCACGAAGUGGAGUAUGUUUGUGGAAGCGAUGGGGAAUUUGAGACUGGCUGCAACGAAGCGGAUCGCAGGCUCGACACGGUUCGUGCUUUCAAGGACCACUCAAAAGAUCCCUCCACCGCUGCCGCCUCAUAG